AUGGGCAGUGAAAGGAGUUUCUUAUCCUCCAGUAAUGCAGAUGAAAGUUUCAUAUCAGGAUGUCUGAAUCUCUCCACUGAUGACCAGAAUGCCAGCUUCAAUCCAGACGAGAUUUCUAUCUCUGAUGAGGAAGAUGAAUUUAGUGAAAUCAUGUCAGCACAAAAAGAAGCUCAAAGAUCAGAUUCAUCAGAUGAAAAGCUAGCUUCACCCUUAAAACAUGUCAAUAUUGACUCAGAGGGCUCAUCACUUAAUACAUCACUCAGAAGUUCUGAGGAUGAAAAAUCUUCUCCUGUGAAAAGUGUGUUUUCUAACAGGAAGACAGAAUUUAUGUCCAGGAGUUUGGUCAGGACUGAAUCUGAUAUUGACGAUGCGGAUCCAGAACUUUUAGAGGUGAUGGCUGCACAGAAAAAAAUCCAAGCUUCAACCUCGCAAUCUGGAGCUCAUCUGGAGUUAGCUGUGCCAAACAGUGAUGAAGAACUUGAAGAAAUUCUCAAAGAGCAAAAAUCUUUUGAACUGCAAGAGGGGAGUGUCAAAGAAUCUAGUCCAAAACCAACACAGGAUGAAAGUAAAGGGGACACUGAUAAAUCAUCGCAAAAAAGAAACGAAGGAACAGAAUGUGAAGAAAGUCCUCAGUCAAAGAGAUUAAAAAGACGGAAUCAGCAGCUAUACACUGAUUGUGACAGCUAA